AUGUUCCCAAAAAAAGCGAUGGGAAGGGGACGAGGGAGGCCACCGAAAAAUCCGGCGCCACCGUCACCUGAUAAUCAAAGCAAUCCGGUGAAGAAACCGGGAACGGUAACACUAAAGGAUAAGGAGGGAAUCAUUCAUGAAUCAAGCUCGAGCACCAGUGGAGGUAAGGAUGAGGAAGACGCAGAAACCCUAUAUCUAAAAUCACUAGAUCUGAGGGAGGAGGAAAAUUCAAAUGAAGAGGAUGAUUCGCAGAAGGCUGAGAUACCUAAAGAAGAGAGGAAACUUUGGGUGGAUGUUUUGAAUAAGAAUCGAGAGCCAUCCAGGGGUAGAGAAAUGAAGUUCAUAGCUCCCAAAGUUGUUAACAGAGAAAUUGAAGUGGAAAUCGAAGAAGAGGACGCCAUAUCAGAGAUUUGA